GCAAUCGCUGCAUGCACUGUGUACGUGGUGUGCACCGAAAAUACUUGAAAUUAUGUUUUUGAGUACAAGAACUCAUCAUGGAUUCAUUUGACAGAACUGAUAUCCAGAAGUGUAUUAAGCAUCUUCAAGAAUUGAUUCAUCGAAAUUCGUUGUCAUUGAGCAGCGAAAUAUUACAAGAAGAUAAGAUUUUAAGCCCUGUUGACAAGAAGAAUCUUCUCAACUACCUGAGUGAACAGCUGCUUGUACCUGACAACACAGUUGCCAUAGCAACAUCCUUUUCACCUUUUCUCCUUGACCUACUAGAGAGGGCAGGUCAGGGGUCAUCUGCCAAACAGUUUUCACUGGGGCAUCACGAGCGUCUAUGCGCAGCCUGUUCUCAAUUGAUUGGUCGCUUUCCAGAUGCCCAGAAAUUCAUAGAGAAGUAUCUUCAGACAUCUGCCCCUGUGUUUGAAAGACUACUCAAGACCAAGACGAAAUCAAAGAAGGAUGCAUCCUACCGUGAUGUAGCGCUGACAGCCAGACGUCUUGUGGAGCAUUCUCCCAACACGUAUGCAGAUCUGUGGGACUGGAGCUCAUUUCUCGGUCUUCUAGAUUCAAAGGAUGUAGAAACAAAAUGGCAUGCCGCCAACACAGUAGCCUGUAUUACGAAGAUGGGUGGAGGAUGCCGUCAUAAACUCUUCUCUUCCCUCUUCACCAAAGAUGAACUGUGCCAGUAUCAAUUAAGGGAUUCAGAGUCCCAAGAUCAGCAGCUACUUCUUGAUCGGGACACCUCUGAGGUCCUGAACUUUGACCCUGACCUUGAGCCUACUCAGCAGAAUGCUGUGCAUGACCUAUUGGUGGAGGACUACCAUGAGAGUGUGGUGUCAGUAUGUGGUGUGCUCCUACCCAGAGCUAGGGAAGAGGAUACAGCGAAGACCUCCUUGCCUAAGCUGGUCCCAGUCCAAACCACCAAGAAGAACCUCCGCCGCCUGGCCCUCGCUGUCUCGGCAGGGAACGGUGUCCUCCUUGAAGGGCCAGUGGGGUGCGGCAAGACAGCCCUGGUGGAGCAUCUCGCUGCUCAGAUAGGACGAACAGCGCCCCCGUCUAUCAUCAAGGUCCAGUUAGGAGAUCAGACGGAUAGCAAGGCUCUUCUCGGAACCUACCGAUGUACGGACAUUCCCGGGGAGUUUGUCUGGCAAGCCGGGGCUCUCACACAGGCUGUCACCCAUGGCCAUUGGAUCCUCUUAGAGGACAUAGACUAUGCUCCGAUGGAUGUGAUAUCCGUCCUCCUGCCACUCUUGGAAUCUAGGUCCCUCUGUAUCCCAGGACAUGGCAAUGUCAUCAAGGCAGCUCCAGGAUUCCAGCUCUUUGCUACCCAGAGGUACAGUAAAAACCGUUGCAGCGACCACCUGUAUAGAAAGACCACCAGACCCUGUUCUUUCUUUCAUUCUAGAUUGCUGAGUAGCGGUGGUGGACUUCACCGACAGCACGUGUCCCACGGUGCAAUGCUCGAUCAGCUCUGGACGCGUGUUCAGGUGGAACCCAUGUCCAGGGAGGAACUGCAUCAGGUCAUCACAACGCUGUACCCCAAACUGACUACCGUGGCCAACCGAUUGCUGGACAUCUUCUGUACGUUGACCGCCGGUCACCAGACGUGGCUGGACACUCGGCCAGAGAGCGAGGGCAGCACAGUCUCUGGUGAAGGUGGACCAAAGACUGUGAGCAGCAGGAUAGAAUUGGGAGCCCACGACAGGAGAUUAGUUUCUACCAGAGAUCUGAUUAAAUGGUGUGAGAGAAUAGAGAGAGACUUCCAGAUCAACUCAUCUCAGAGUGCCAACUUGAUCUUUCUUGAGGCUUUGGACUGUUUCUGUGCAGCACUCACCAAGCCCGUGACACGAUUGGCCGUGGCCGAGCAGAUAGGUGCCAAGCUAAACAUCACGCGGGAGAAGGCUCGCUUCUACUCCUCUACGUACAAACCAAACAUAGAGGAGGCGGACUCUACCAUCACAUCAGGGAGGGCAACAUUACAACGGAAAGAGAGGGACACGUUGAAAAUGCACACAGUAUCCCAGUUUGCUUUCACCAGACCAGCGGCCGUGCUGGUAGAGCGUGUGGCAUGCUGCAUCGCUCAGAAUGAACCUGUCCUUCUGGUGGGAGAGACAGGGACAGGGAAGACAUCCACCAUCCAGUAUCUGUCUAGCCUCGUAGGUCAAAGGUUAAAGGUCAUCAAUAUGAACCAGCAGAGUGACAGCACCGACCUGCUUGGAGGGUUCAAGCCGGUUGACCUGCGUCAGGUCGUCGCACCGGUCAGAGAGGCGUUUGAGGGCGCUUUCCGUGCCACCUUCUCGGUCAAGCAGAACACCAAGUUCCUGAGUCACAUCCAGAAGUGCUUCACACAGCGUCAGUGGAGGGAGCUCGUUCAGCUGAUGAUACACAGUCAGCAGGCCGCUCUCAAGAGGUUUGAGAAGACGGAAAAGAAAAAUGGAGAUGGUGCAAACAAGAAAGACCUUGGAGGUCAUUGGAGGUCAAUAGGUGAAAGGUUACAUCAGCUUCAGCUUCAGAUACAACACUCAGAGAAUACCCUGGCAUUUUCUUUUGUUGAAGGUACUCUUGUGAAAGCACUGAGAAAUGGAGACUGGAUUCUAUUAGACGAGAUCAACCUAGCAACAGCAGAGACACUGGAAUGCUUGAGCAGUCUACUAGAGAGUACAGAGGGAUCGGUGGUCCUCAUGGAGAGAGGGGAUACAAAGCCGAUAGUGAGGCAUGCAGACUUUCGUCUCUUUGCCUGUAUGAACCCUGCUACUGAUGUCGGAAAGAAGGAACUACCCCCAGGAAUCAGGAACAGGUUCACUGAGUUGUUUGUUGAUGAGCUUGAAGAGGUACCCGACCUGAAGAUUCUCACUAAGAACUACCUCAGGCUUCUCUCUAUAUCAGAGGCUCAAGUAGAAGGCAUCGUGCAAUUCUACCUGUCUGUAAGGAAGGAGGCCAUUCAGAAGCUGACCGAUGGGACCGGUCAUCGGCCACACUACAGCCUCCGGACCCUGUGUCGUGCCCUCAAGCUAGCCUCGACAAACCACUGCGACUCCGUGCCUAGGUCACUUUAUGAGAGCUUCUGCCUCAGCUUCCUCACCCAACUCGACCGUGCCUCCCACCCCGUAGUGGAGAAGCUCGUUUGCAAGCACGUGAUUGGCAGAUCCAACCUCAAGAGUCUGUUGGGUCAGUCCAUUCCACCUCCUGCAGGGGUGAACAAGUACAUGAAACUGGAGGGAUACUGGGUAGCUGAAGGGGAGAAGGAGGGGUACAAGCCCAAGGACUAUGUGAUCACACCAUCGGUGAAGGCCAACUUGAGGGAUCUAGCUAGGAUAGUCUCAGCAGGACGAUUCCCUGUCCUGAUCCAAGGGGAGACAUCUGUCGGGAAGACCAGUUUAGUCAACUAUUUGGCCAAGCUGACCGGUAACCAUUGUGUGAGGGUCAACAACCAUGAACACACUGACCUGCAGGAGUAUGUAGGAUUCUAUGCUGCAGAUGAGUCGGGCAAGCUGGUCUUCAAAGAAGGUGUACUUGUGGAUGCCAUGAGGAAGGGUCAUUGGAUUAUCCUGGAUGAAUUGAAUCUUGCUCCUUCAGAUGUUCUUGAGGCUCUCAACAGACUGCUGGAUGACAACAGAGAACUGUUCAUCCCAGAGACACAAGAGGUCGUCGCCGCCCAUCCAAAGUUCAUGCUCUUCGCUACCCAGAAUCCUCCCGGACAAUAUGGUGGCCGCAAGGUCUUAUCCCGAGCAUUCCGGAACCGGUUCAUUGAGCUUCAUUUUGAUGAGAUCCCGAGCAGAGAGCUGGAGACCAUCCUACAUGACCGAUGUCAGAUACCGGUCUCUUACUGCCGCAAGAUGGUCGCUACCAUGCUGGAACUACAGAUGAGACGUAAGGGCUCUGGAGUGUUUGCCGGGAAGCGAGGGUUCAUCACGCUAAGGGACUUGUUCCGAUGGGCCGAACGAUACCGGCAUGCCAGCCAGGGUGAUCAGGCAUUCUAUGACUGGAAUCAACAUAUAGCAGAUGAAGGUUUCAUCUUGCUUGCUGGUCGAGUGAGGAGAGAGGAGGAGGCAGAGACGAUUAGGCAGGUCCUGGAAAAACACAUCAAGAGAGUGGUGAACCCUCAGCAUCUCUUCACCCUGUCAGAACACACCUCACCUGUCACAAGGCAUAUUCUAGAGAAGGUGACAUCCCCCACCCCUCCCCCUGGGUUCAAUCACAUCGUGUGGACCUAUGGAAUGCGCAGACUGGCUGUGCUUGUAGGACAAGCCCUCAAGUUUGGUGAACCAGUACUGCUAGUUGGGGAAACUGGCUGCGGCAAGACCACCGUCUGUCAGUUGUUUGCUGCUCUAGCCGAUCAGAAGCUCCAUGCAGUCAACUGUCAUCUCCACACUGAGACAUCCGACUUCCUAGGUGGGCUACGACCAGUCAGGCAUCAUCAGGAUGAAACUGAUGAGGAGAGUCACAAGCUGUUUGAGUGGUGCGAUGGCCCCCUGAUCCUGGCCAUGAGGAAAGGAGCUGUCUUCCUCAUCGACGAGAUCUCCCUGGCCGACGACUCUGUCCUGGAGCGCCUCAACAGCGUGCUGGAGCCCGAGAGGACCCUGCUCCUGGCGGAGAAAGGGAGCGGGGAGGAGUGCGGGGACGACAUAGCUGUGAUCAAGGCCGAGGAGUCGUUCAGGGUGGUAUCGACCAUGAACCCCGGGGGAGACUACGGCAAGAAAGAGCUUUCCCCGGCUCUAAGGAACAGGUUCACAGAGAUCUGGUGUCCUCAGAACACCCAGCGUAGUGAUCUUGUGUCCAUCAUAGAGCACAACCUGUGUGAAGGAGUACAGCUGUGCAACCAGGAGGACGGGUCCAGCGGCAUAGGCAACGCUGUCAUGGACUACGUGGAAUGGUUCGCCAGCAGUGAAGUCGGAAGGAAGUGCACCAUCAGCAUCCGUGACAUCCUCUCAUGGGUGAACUUCAUCAAUGUCUGCUGUGACCCUUCCAAUCGUGACCCCAUGACCUCCCCUGAUGAUCCCUCACCUCUUGACUCUGCGGUAGCCUACAUCCAUGGUGCCUGCAUGGUGUUUGUGGAUGGACUUGGUUCAGGUACAACAAGCAGCACACUGGUGUCCCCUACCCGAGCAAGACGGACCUGCAUACAGUGGCUCUCUGAUCAAAUCAAGCAACUCACUGACCAGGAGAUUGACCUCUCUACCCUGCUGGUGACCUCUGACACAUGUGACCUCAGUGAGGUCAAAGGAGGUCAAGGAGGUAUUGUCUGCGACGGAACCAAGUUUGGGAUUGAGCCUUUCUACAUUGAAAGAGGACCAUCACCAAGUUCACCAGCAGGCUAUGCCCUGGAUGCCCCGACCACUGCCCUCAAUGCCCAGCGUAUCAUGAGAGCUCUGCAGCUGCCCCGAGCUAUCCUCCUUGAAGGGUCUCCGGGGGUCGGGAAGACUAGUCUGGUAUCAGCCCUGGCCAAGGCUUCAGGACACGAGCUCAUCAGGAUCAAUCUAUCGGAGCAAACAGACAUCACAGACCUGUUUGGAGCAGAUCUACCGGUAGAGGGAGGUGAAGGGGGUCAGUUUGCCUGGAGGGAUGGACCUCUCUUACAGGCUCUCAAGGCUGGACAUUGGGUCGUCCUUGAUGAGCUGAACCUGGCCUCCCAGUCGGUGCUAGAAGGCCUGAAUGCCUGCCUGGACCACAGGGCGGAGGUCUUUGUUCCUGAGCUGGGCCGAUCCUUCCAGAUCCAGCAUGAGAAGACCAGGCUCUUUGCAUGCCAGAACCCUCUGAAGCAGGGAGGAGGGCGCAAGGGGCUGCCCAAGUCGUUCCUCAAUAGGUUCACACAGGUGUACAUAGAGCCGUUCACAGCAGGGGACCUUCUCUUCAUCAUCCGCUCCAUGUAUCCUAUGAUAGAUAGAGAUAUCUUGAUCAAGAUGGUGGAAUUCAGCAACCGGCUGUACAGGAAGACAAUGAUCGAGGGUCGAUGGGGUCAGAGAGGAGGACCAUGGGAAUUCAACCUGCGUGACCUCUUCAGGUGGUGUGACCUGAUGGUCCAUGACAGAGGGGUCAAAGGUCAGAUGGACCCAGGGCUUCAUGUUGGUCUGGUGUAUGGAGACAGGAUGAGGACUGCCGUUGACAAGGAGAAGAUCCUCAAGCUGUAUCGAGCAGUCUUCAGAACAAAGGGAGAUAAGACGAGAGCAGUAGCCUACAGGAGUAGCAGACAGUUCUAUAUCACUCAUUCACAUGUGCAGGUUGGACAUUCAUUCCUGGCCCGUGAUCCUGCCUUUGAUGUGAGCAGCGCCCUCUCCAGGGUGCCCCUUCAGCUGCUGCACCAUGACCUUGACAAACUUGAAUCUCUCAUGAAAUGUGUAGAGAUGAACUGGAUGUCCAUACUGGUUGGUCCAAGCUCAAGUGGAAAGACUUCACUGGUCCAUCUCCUGGCUUCCUUGACAGGUCAUCGGCUCCAGGUCCUAGCAAUGAACAGUGCUAUGGACACUACAGAACUACUGGGUGGUUUUGAACAGGCUGAUCUCAAUAGACACUGGGAGAGUCUUUUAGGCAUGAUAGAUGAUGUUUCUAUGGCAACCAUCAGAGAUCUUCUCACUAGUAAUGCAUCGAAAACCAAGCCGAAGGCAAAGAGGAUCAUGGGAAUUUUGAGUGCACUCAAGCUACCUAGUGCAGGCAGACAACAAGACAGCCUUCAUCCUACCGAGCAGAAACUCAACUUGCUUGACCAACUCCUGGCAGAGUUACAAAAAUCCUCUGAAACAACGAAAGAUGCCACGGAGCUGGCAACGGUGGUCGAAGCUGCCAGUGCCUUGAAGAGCAAGUGCAAACUGGAGGACUCUUCCACUCCUGGUGGGGGAGGCAGGUUUGAGUGGGUGGAUGGUCUCUUGGUCCAUGCCCUGAAGAACGGAGACUGGCUGCUCGUGGAUAAUGUCAACUUUUGCAGCCCGUCUGUGUUGGAUCGUCUGAACGCACUGCUGGAGCCUGAUGGAGUCCUGACAAUCAACGAACGAGGGGUCAUCGAUGGACAGAUCCCAUCCAUCAAACCACACCCACAAUUCAGGUUGUUCCUGUCUAUGGAUCCGCGACACGGUGAGAUCUCGAGAGCCAUGAGAAACAGAGGAGUGGAGAUCUACAUCUUAGGAGAGAGCGAGGGUGGGGCAUACAGCGCCCAGGACACCACGGCCCUCCUACACUCCCUGGGCCUGACUUCAGAAGGCACCAUCACCAGCCUGAUGCAUGUCCACCAGGAGAUUCGAUCCCGUCUCCAGGGUACCGACUCCGCCCGGUUACCGAGUCUCCUCCUAGCAGCGUCCAUGGUGAUGCAACUUGUGAGGAAUGGACUGGGGAUGAGGCGAGCGCUCCGGGAGGCAUGCAUGGAGGUGUAUGUCAAUAGUCAGCUACUCAUUGCCAACAAGCAGAUCAAGACAGCUAUGUAA